UGUCUCGACUGUCACCAACAUGGUACAUGUUUCGUCCUGUCAGCUGAGCUUCCUCAUUUGUCCAAGUAAGUGUUUAACAGGGCACCUGAACUGUAAUAAGCUGACUGUGAGUGUGACAUGUCUAAAAAGUGUCCUGUUUGACUGGAUGAUCUCCUGAUGGAACCCCCUCCCUAUGAAGAGGCCAGUCUCCACCCUCCUGCUCUGAGUACAGAAGGAGUUAACAUCCCCCCACCCCCUUCCUACAACGCCUCCCUCUCCUCCCCCUCAACACCUCCUCCCACCUAUGGAGAAGCAGUUACAAUCCAGCCGAAUCCAUUUCCUGUCCUGACUCCACCCUCUGUGCCAACUGCUGUGACCUCACCUCCCCAAAACACUGGAAACAUAAUCCAUCCACAUACACAAGUUGGUGUAACACCGCCUGUCAGCGGCAGACAAACUCAGCCAGCAGUAGUUGUGACCCAGCCACUGCCUGUUCCUAUCUCAGUGACAUGUCUGAGAGACAUCCCUGGUUUGGUACGCUGCCCACACUGCCACCACACUGUCACCACUAAAGUCACAUACCUGCCUGGGAGGGCUGCCUGGUGUAUGUGUGUGCUUCUCACAUUGAUGGGGCUGGUCUGUGGCUUCUGUCUGAUCCCGUUAAUGGUACGUGGACUACAAGAUGCACAUCACUCCUGCCCACAGUGUGGAAACCAUCUGCACAUUCACACAAGAUGACGCUGUCGGGAUUAAUAAGGCUCCUGUUGUCCUCAGUCCACCCAGAACCUUGUAACACUCAUAUUUUUGUCACAACAUGGAUAAAUAGUUUGUCAUGAGCUACAAAUAUAAGCAGCUCACUGUACAAGCUACAAGGAAUCAGAGUGUAUUUAGGUGAUGAUAAGUGUUUAAUAUAUAAUAUCUAGAGAACAUGCUGAGCAUAAGGAUGGACAGAGAAGUGGAUGAUGCUGCAACAGCAACUUGAUAAGUUUCUGUGGACAUUUUUCCUUUGUAAAAACUUGUCACAGCUGAAAUUUCUUUAACCAACGGGAAUUCAAACCCACCACAGCAGCUUCUCACAUUUAAAACCUACAGGGGGUGAGUAUGCAAUACCAAAAAUGUUUAAUCUUUAAUCGUGUAUAUUACUUUUCUAAUCUUUUCCAUCUCUCUAGUUGACAUUUUUGAACAUUUUAAAGCAUUCUUCACAAGCACAGAAGCAUUUCUAAUAUAUACAGAUGAAAACUAGGCAAAAUCACUUUUUGCACUUUUGACCUUUUGUAAGAAUGUAUUGGGAGGGAUGGGAGGGGGUGUUAAUUUAAAAAAAAAAAUGAUGAGGAACAGAAUAUUGAAUCCGUCUCUGCAUAUGUACACUGCAGCAUUUUACCACAAUUCAAAGCACAAACAAACAACUAAACAGAGAGGACAUUUAACAAACAAGAUGAUGUCCAGUCCCGGGAUUUAAUAUGUGGUUCGGUUGUUUUUUUUUUCAUAAAUUGUAAUGAUUGUAUUUUCCAUAUUUAAAUACUAAAAUAACAAAAUUGUUAUUAUUUCUCUUUUUCUAAUGCAAAUACAGCUAAUAUUAACUUUUGCUGAAUGUAAUGACACAGUGAAAAUUUGUCCAGGUAUGAAAGCCAGACAUGUUUUUCUUUGUUAAACCAAACAAAGCCUGUUGGAAAACUCGCCGACUUAACAAACUGUCAUUUAUUUUCCACCAUAAUUCUUCUUAUAAAAGCUUUGCACACGUAUUGUAAACCCACACAGGUGGUUUUAAUUUUACUGAUUAGACCUCUUGUCAGGACUAAAUCCAGCAUAUCGCUCCACCCAGCUUCAACCUGAGCAGGUCAAAUCUGUGUGUGUGAGAGUGUGUGUCUGGGUGUGUGUCAAUCUUCUCAUCCAGCUCUCGGCAAGAAAGCAAAAAAACCUAUUUCUCAAAAUGUGAAACUAUUCCUUUGAUGAUACAGACUUGAUGUAUACUGUGAUUAGACUUCCUGGUGUAGAAAGCAGGGUGGAGGUUGUGGGCGAAGUACAUGGUAGUGCCUGUACUGCAGAGUCUAUGCACUGCAAUGCAAUGACUGAUUAAGGCAUCUUUACCUGUUGUUGUUGUAAUGGUGUGUGACCAUAGACUAUAACUCCCUUCCAUGUUGGACUCAGCUUUCUUUUGUUUUUUUAAUCAGAAUGUCAUCCCGUUAUUAUUUUUCAUUCUAUCAUGUUGAUAGGGAAAUAAAAGUGGUCUCGGUUACUUU